AUGAACAAGCUCGUCGACACCGACAACUUUUUUGUGCAAAAGCGUGAUGUUACUGGUCGGCUUGGUAUGUUUGCAAUUCAGAAAUGUACAGCAGCGAUGAGGAUGUUGGCCUAUGGGGCGACGGCUGACUUGCACAACGAAUCUUUGAGAAUGAGCGCACAACUCAUUCGCAAAUCUCUCAUCAAGUUCGUUGAAGGUGUAAUUUCUAACUUCGGCGAUGAGUACUUGCGAAAGCCCAACGAAGUAGACUUGGCAAGACUUCUGCAUAUUGGAGAACAACGUGGGCUUCCAGGUUCGAGAAAUGAUAUUAGUGUGCUUGAUCAAUCUCCUGUUUUUGAUGAUAUUUUGGAAGGUCGAGCACCGAAGGUCAAUUACAUAGUGAAUGGCCACGAAAAAAAUAUGGGAUAUUAUCUCACUGAUAGCAAAUAUUCUCAAUGA